UGGGCUGUACUGUGUGGGCUGGGGUUGGUGCAGGCUCCCAGCCUGUCGGCAUUUGGUCCGUAGUUGGGCUCGCGGGGCUUUUGUGCCCGAGUGCGGCCUCGCUUUGUGCCUGCGAGUUUUCUGCGGUGCCUCGCGGCGCUCCUCCCGGGCGGGAGCCGUGAGGCUCGGAGGCGGCAGCGCGGCCCCCGGCCAGGAGCGAGCGCGGCGGCGUGAGCGGCGGCAGUGAGCUGCGGGGAAGGGGACUCGUAGAUCCCGGAGAUGCCGGAGUUCCUGGAAGACCCCUCGGUCCUGACGAAAGACAAGUUGAAGAGUGAACUGGUCGCCAACAAUGUGACGCUCCCGGCCGGAGAGCAGCGCAAAGACGUGUACGUGCAGCUCUACCUGCAGCACCUCACGGCGCGCAACCGGCCGCCGCUCGCCGCGGGCUCCAACAGCAAGGGGCCCCCGGACUUCUCCAGCGACGAGGAGCGCGAGCCCACCCCGGUGCUGGGCUCCGGGCCGUCCACCGCGGGCCGCAGCCGCGCCGCCGUCGGCAGGAAAGCCACAAAGAAAACUGAUAAGCCCAGACUAGAAGAUAAAGAUGAUUUAGACGUAACAGAGCUCUCUAAUGAAGACCUUUUGGAUCAGCUUGUGAAAUAUGGGGUGAAUCCUGGUCCUAUUGUGGGAACAACCAGGAAACUGUAUGAGAAAAAGCUAUUGAAACUGAGAGAACAAGGAACAGAGUUAAGAUCUUCUACUCCUCUACCAACAAUUUCCUCUUCAGCAGAAAAUACUAGGCAGAAUGGAAAUAAUGACUCUGACAGAUACAGUGACAAUGAAGAAGGAAAGAAGAAAGAACACAAGAAAGUGAAGUCCACUAGGGAUUUUGCUCCUUUUUCUGGACUUCCAACUACUCCCUCUGGUGGAUUUUUUCAGGGUAUUUCUUUUCCUGAAAUCUCCACCCGUCCUCCUUUGGGCAGGACUGAACUACAGGCAGCUAAGAAAAUACAUACUUCUAAGGGCGACCCACCUAGGGAGCCUCUUAUUGCCACAACCUUGCCUGGCAAGGGACAUAUGCAGAAUUUAGCCUCUGGAGGGAAUUUGUUUACUUCCUCCAAGUCUAGCCAUGAUAGGUGUUUAGAGGAAAGUUCUUCGUCAUCCUGUCAGCAUGAACUCGCUGCCAUGUUGGGCUCUACUGCAGCUUCUCCUUCACUGAUUAAAGAAACCACUACUACUUACUGUAAAGACAUAGUAGAAAAUAUUUACCGUGGAGAGAAAAGUGGAAUUCAGCCAUUAUAUACUGAGAAGUCCAAUAUUUCAGAUCAGUGCAUUCUCUCCAGCGAAAGGGAAGUACUAGAGGAGUCUAAGAGAUCACGAGUAAUUUCCCCACCACUUGCUCGGGCAAUCAAAGAUUAUGUCAAUUCUCUGUUGGUCCAGGGUGGGGUAGAUAGUUUACCUGGGACUUCUAACUCUAUACCCACACUGGACAUUGAAAACAUAUGCAAGAGAAUUGAUCAGUCUAGUUUUCGAGAAACCAGUUCCCCCUCUCCUCCACGAAAAUUCCCUAGACUCAGUGAGAAGUCAGUAGAGGAAAGGGAUUCAGAUUCCUCUAUGUCAUUUCAGAAUAUAGUUGGAUCUGAACAGAUGUCGUCUUUUGCCAAAACUGUUGUCUCUCAUACACUUACUACCUUAGGCAUGGAAAAGUCUAAGAAAUCAGAGUGUGAUAACAUUGAUGCCUCAGAACUAUCUUUUCCCUUACAUGAAUCUAUUUUAAAAGUAAUUGAAGAGGAGUGGCAGCAAAUUGACAGGCAGUUGCCUUCAUUGGCAAGCAAGUAUCCAGUUUCUUCCAGAGAGGCAACACAGAUAUUAUCAGUUCCAAAAGUAGAUGAUGAAAUCCAAGGGCUUACUUCUGAAGCCAUCCCACCAGCAGGUACUCAGGCAGCCUCCACUGAGUCUUGUGAUAAACACUUGGACUUAGCACUUUGUAGAACAUAUGCGGCCGCAGCAUCCACAUUGCAGAUGGCAACCCACACUGCCUUUGUAGUUAAAGCUAUGCAAGCAGAUAUCAGUCAGGCUGCACAAAUUCUUAACUCAGAUCCUAGUCGUACAUACCAGGCACUCGAAAUUCUGAGCAAAACAUAUGAUGCAGCUUCAUUUCUUUGUGAAGCUGCAUUUGAUGAAGUGAAGAUGGCUGCCCAUACCAUGGGAUCUUCUACUCUUGGUCGCCGUUAUCUCUGGUUGAAAGAUUGCAAAAUUAAUCCAGCUUCUAAGAGUAAGCUGACUGAGGCUCCCUUUAGAGGUGGAACAUUAUUUGGAGGAGAAGUACACAAAGUAAUUAAGAAGCGUGGAAGAAAAUAAUAAUAAAGUUAAGAACUAAGGAACCUGCCUUAUCUUUGAUAAGGAAUUUAAGGUAUUUUUAUGCCAAAAAAUUUUUUUCAGGUCUUUUUGGCCUCCACAUUGGACUAAUUUCAAAAUGUUAAGCCUCUGCUCAUCAAAUUAUAGUAUAAAAGUCAUUCCUUAUGUGGAAUUGCUUUUUUAGAUUUGCACAGAUAGAAAGGCUGAUACAGUUAAGCUUUAUAGAUCAUAUAUUCGUCUCAAACAGUUAAUGUUUCUUAUUACAUUUUUUACAAUUCUUCAAAACUAAGAAAAUUUCGAUAACUAAAAAGUAGAUUCUUCAUUGUUUUAAAUAUCAUAUGCAUAUUCCCUUCUACAAAAGGUAAAAUUAAACACUACACAUUCAAACAAUGAUUUAUCCUUUUUGAUACUCCUAAUUAUCUUCACUUUCUAGAAUUUGUCUACACUUUCUCUCUUAUUUUCUUGUGUUAUAUGCUGAUGUCUACAGUAGCAUUCAUAAUAUUCAUAAUAUUCUAGAUCAGUGAAAUUUAAAGUGCCACAAACUGUUACAGAUCCACAAACAUGCAGAAGAAUUUAAAUCUGAGGACUUAGGAACAUAGCUCAGGAGUAUAGUACGUGAAAGGCCCUGGGUUAGUCUCCCCAUCCCCCAUUGCUUUUUUAAUAAAAGAAUUUAAAUAUAGAGGCACCUUUUAGGUCAAUGAAAGGAUUUAUUUUUGUAGUAAACUUACUGAUAGCAAAAGCAGUAUAUGACUGUAUAUGACUUUACAUUCUGAUACAUGUGCCUCAUCGCCUCAGGAAUUAAUAGCUAACAAUUCAUGGACCACACUUGGAGAGACACUGCUUGCUGAUAAAUAGUCAAGGAUAGAACAUGCAUACACAACCACUGUAUUUUGUCAGAUGAACUAGACACUGGAGAGAUGGGGCUUUUUUUUUUUUUUUUAAUGCUUUUGAGGUCUGUUGUAUUUCAUGGAUGAUCAGUCUUAAUAAUCUAGACACUAAAAGCAGAUUUAUCGGGUUUUUCUGAAAACCUUAAGAAGUACUAUAUCCCAGUGUCUACGUCUGUAUAAAGCAGUAUAUUACUCUGUUUUCAUUUCUGUGAUUGUAAGAUAAAAGAAUCUGACUGUAGAGACAUUGUGGAAAAUGGUAAUCUUAGCAUAACAGAAGGUGGCCCCUUACGUUCUCCUUUAGCCAUUUAUUCUCAAACUACACAUUCCAUCUUUGCAGCUUUCUGGGAGCAAUUUGUUAUUUGUCUUCUGAAAUGUACAUGUAUACAUGUACCUACUAAGUACUUUGUGAUUUUUAAAAAUGUAUUGAUGUAGAAUGCUACCACGAAUUCAAUAAAGUUGUUAAAUUUGAACAGUUUUGUGUGGUCUCCAGAAACCUGUUGUAUGUGUGCUUUAUUCUUGGAGUUGCAAACAAGUUGAAUAUUUGUGGAUGAACAUUUCAUUUCCAUUUCAUCAUUGAAACUCACUUAACAUUUCAAUGGUACAAUUAAAUAUUCCAGUUAUUGUUGCGGGUUUUCUUCUGUUUGAAGAGUAUGCUUUUAUUGGCUGUUGGAAUCUAAAUUUGUAAGAGGAAUUAAUCUGUAACCAGAUAAAUUAUUUGCCUAAUCAGUUUCUGCUUGGCUAUAGUUUUUUUACCUUGUGCUUUCCAAUUCUUAGAUUCCAAAUUAACAAAGCAUAAAGUAGAUUUUUACAAUGCUAAGGGUUGUACCAAACAGAUAGAUUGAUAGAUAUCCUAAUAGAAGUGUUGGGAUAUGGGGGUACUGUAGUUGAUAGCUUAUUCCUAAAUGAAGAUUGAACUAUUUGAACUAACUUGAUAAAAAUCACCUUCCUUUUUGGGAAACUUGCACGAAAAUUCUAGACUGACUAGUAUCAGAUUGGAAGUUGGCAGGACACGUGUAUCAUAGCCAUCUUGACCACUCUGUAGCACAACUACAUUGACUUCAUACAAAUUAGAAU